AUGGCUUCUCAUGAACAGCGCCCACACCAUCCCGACCAUGAACAUAACUACGAGGUUGACUUGCCCGCCAUCGUCCCGGACAUCGACAUCGACGAUAACACGCAUGGUCAUGUUGUUUACCCCACCCAUCCAAAGACGUCGACGGCCACCCUCACGGAGGCUCAAUCAGAGAAGCAGGUAAGGGAGUCGGACGCAGAGAAGGGAACUCAGGAGUAUGAGAUCGUGGAUUGGGACGACGAAGAUCCGCACAACCCGAGGAACUUCUCUAAGCUCAAAAAAUGGCGAGUCUUUACCUCUCUCAAAGCGAAUCUCCUGCGUAUAUUUACCGUCAUGAGCAGGGCAAUCACCAUCUCGGUCUCGUCGCUCUGUCUUUGCGUUGCCUUGGGCUCUGCUAUCAUCACUGGAGAUCUUCCAGGCCCACAGGAGGACCUCCAUAUGUCAGAGAUUGUUGGUAACCUCGCCGUAACUCUUUUCGUCGUUGGUUUCGGAGUCGGACCUCUGAUUUACGCCCCAAUGUCUGAAGUCUUCGGACGGAGACCAAUCUACAUGAUCUCUAUUGGGCUGUAUUUCCUAUUCACUCUGCCAUCAGCACUGGCCAAGAACAUCGCCACGCUUCUCGUAGGGCGUGCUCUCGCGGGGUUAGCCGCUUCUGCACCCAUGACCAACGUUGGUGGGACCGUCGCCGACAUAUGGAACAUCGAGGAUCGUGGUACCCCUAUGGCUGUUUUCUCCGCCGUCAUCUUUAUUGGCCCUGUUUUAGGCCCUCUGAUCGGCGGUUUCAUUGGAGAGACCGUCGGCUGGCGGUGGAUCUACUGGGUUCUUUUCAUCUUCAUCGGUUGUGUUUGGAUCACGACGUUAUUCGUCCCUGAGACCUUCGCUGUUGUGCUCCUUCGUCGUCGUGCCGAACGUCUGCGCAAGGAGACUGGAAACUCGGCGUACCUGUCCGGGAGCGAGAUUGCAGAGGCUGGUGUGACGUUCGGAAACAGGAUGAGAACAGCGCUCAUUCGCCCCUUCCAGAUGCUGUUUACCGAGCCCAUCCUGAUCUUCAUGUCGAUCUACCUCAGCUUGAUCUACAUGUUACUCUACCUUUUCUUCUUCGCAUACCCCAUCGUUUUCGAAGGGCUCCACGGUUUCGACGCCGGCGAUACUGGUCUAUGCUUCUUGUCAAUCCUCGUCGGCAUCUUGAUCGCUAUGGGAUCGAUGCAAUGGUUCAACAGGCUUUAUGCUCGCUUGGCGCCGAAGUGGGGCCCCGAAGCGCGUCUUCCGCCCAUGAUGGCUGGUUGUGCGGUGCUGCCCAUCUCUCUGUUCAUCUUUGCGUGGACCAGUUACGAGGAUGUGAGCUGGGUGGGGCCUAUGAUGAGCGGUAUACCGUUCGGAUGGUCCAUGGUCUCGAUCUACAUCUCGGCCAAUGCCUACAUCGUCGACUCCUUCCCCAAAUACGUCGCCUCCGCCAUGGCAGCCAAGACCUUCGCGCGCUCCAUGGCAGGUGCCGCCGUGCCGAUGUUCGUCAUCCAGAUGUACGACAAGCUGAACCCGAGGUGGGCGAGCACGCUGCUUGCGUGUGUGUCCUGUGUGAUGAUGCCGAUUCCGUAUGUGUUUAUGUUUUAUGGGAAGAGGAUCCGUGCGGCUAGUCGUCGGUCAAGCGAGUAA